CGCUUUCUUCCCCACGUUCACUCCAUCCGACACCUUCCAUCUUUCAUCUUCGGCCGACUUUCACGAAAGCGGUCCGUUUUGGGAGUUGGUUGCAGUUGCUACUUGACUUUUGCUACGGACGAAAGCAAAAGGUAGUAACUACUUGAGGAGUCUGUUCUUUUUUUUGUGUAAAAAGAGACCCCCAUUGAGUGUGUUGAGUUUUUCGUGUUGCUCCAGUGCUUUUUGAAUUCGCGCAGCGCGUGUUUCUUCUUGCAACUCGUACUCUUCCUCUGUCUUGUGUGUUUUGGUCUCCUUGUCGUUUUUCGUAGAAUAUUUUCCUGUUCCUCUUUACUCAAUAACAAGAAAAACAACCUCGUUGUCGGGCAUCGAACCCGCAAUCAAUCACCUCCGUUCCUCAACACACCUUGUUAUGACCUUUGCGCCUUCCAACACUUCAUCCUUUGCCGACUGUGUUCUCUUUGAUGACAACCCCAACCCCGGUACACUAUUUCCUGAUUAUUCUGAACAAGAUUCGUUUUACAACAAUGGCCGCUAUCUGCAAGACCUUCCCCCCGACGGGCUUCAAGCCCAUUCGGUUCUAAAGGACUCUAAUUAUUCUGAUUUGCAAUUUGGUUUUGAAACACAAGGCCAAUUUGCUGUACCGUACUGUUACCCUACCCCGGCUCUUACUCCUUCGACAAACUUUGAGAACAGUCCUACUGCUGCUCCCAAAGAUUCUGGCGCCUCUGAUUCCUCUCUUCUUGAUCAACUCCUUCGCUUUGACGAAACAAACUUGUACGCGUCAUCAACCGAUCCGAGCAUCUAUCCGCCCUCUGCAGACGAAUCCUUUGCUCUCCUAGACGCACCUCUUUUUGACCCUACCUCUGAAUUUUUCCCUCCCGUUGCUGAAGACUCUUUCUUUUCACCUUUGCCUGAAAUCCUUGCGGAGCCAUCUGUUUUUGACCCUGAACAGCAGCCUCAAGCGCCAAUUCCCCAGAGCACCUCUUCGGGAACUGUUACACUUUCUGUGGACCUUUUGUCUGCAUUAAUUCAGCUUGCUGCGCAAAAGAAGGCUAGUGCUGACGGUUCCUGCACCAACAGUCCGGAAGCAACAGAACUUGCCUCUCCACUCGGCGCAGAGUCUAAAGCUCGCGAAGCUCGACGACGUGUCACGAAGAAAUAUACUUGUCCCAUUGACGGUUGCAAUCGCGACUUUACCAGACGGUUCAACCUUGAAACUCAUUUGAAGAUUCACGACCCGAAUCGGGAGAGACCAUUUUCUUGCGAUAUUUGCGGGAAAGCUUUCUUGAAAGCAAGCGAUCUCGCGCGUCAUGGAAGUGUGCAUAACGAAACGAAGCAGCACAGUUGCCCUGCCUUGGGUUGUGGCAAGCGGUUCUCGCGUAGCGAUGCCCUUCGACGGCACAUGAAAACGUCUGGUUGCACAGACCCUCUCGAAGGGAAAUAAUCGUCAAAUGCCUACUGAUUCGUUAUCGGUAUCGGGGUCCUCUUACGGGGAGUUGGUCCGCAUGAAUUCUCAACACCCUACAGUUGGGGUCGAGAGAUGUUGUGGACCCCGCCCACCAUGGCGGGGGGUCUCGCAUGAAAUGCCCACCAUCUCUAGAGAGCCUCAACAAAAAAAAACGUCGUCGGCCCACUUAAAUCGUUUUUGCUUUUUUGCUUUUUUUGUGACUUUAUCCGUAUGGUUUACUCUCGUACUAGUAGUAUUUUCGUUUUGAGACCCUGCCCUUUCUUGUUUUGGGAGCAGUUGGCCGGUUAUCUGAACUGGCGUGGACUCGAGCGUAGCUAUGUGUGCGAGGGAAAAAUGGUUGGAAAUCAUUGGUGAUUUGAUGGAUUGCCAAUAUAAUGCGCGAAAUUUGUGUGUGCUUUGUGUCUGCGUGUGUGUGUGUUAGCGAUAUCGCUAAAUGUUUGUAACAGUGGGAAUUUGUGGUGUUUGGAGGGAAAUAUAUAUUGUUAUUCAAUGAGUGA